CCAGCUGAGCGAGGCCGGCCGAAGGAGCGCUCAGGCGUGGAGGGCAGCUGGUGGCGGGGCUUGGAAUGGACAGUCUCCCAGACACGGUCCCCCCAGACCAAGGGCGCCUCUGCCCUGCCCUCCGCUGGCUGGUCCCUGUGGGCUUCGGGGCUGAGGCGUGGACACUCUUUGUCCUUUCCGGACCCCUGUUCCUCUUCCAGAUGCUGAACUUCAUGAUCUACGUCGUGAGCUCCAUGUUCUGCGGGCACCUAGGCAAGGUGGAGCUGGCAGCGGUGACCCUCUCAGUGGCCUUUGUUAAUGUCUGUGGAGUUUCCAUCGGAUUCGGCUUGUCCUCGGCCUGUGACACCUUGAUGUCCCAGAGCUUCGGCAGCCCCAACAAGAAGCACGUGGGGGUCAUCCUGCAGAGGGGCGUGCUGGUGCUGCUGCUCUGCUGCCUCCCCUGCUGGGCGCUCUUCCUCAACACCCAGCACAUCCUGCUGCUCUUCAGGCAGGACCCGGCCGUGUCCAGGCUGACCCAGGAGUACGUGCAGAUUUACAUCCCGGCGCUCCCGGUGAAUUUUCUUUACGGCCUGCUGGCAAAAUACUUGCAAAAUCAGGGCGUCGUCUGGCCCCAGGUCCUCAGCGGCAUCGUGGGCAACUGUGUUAAUGGCCUGGCCAACUACAUCCUGGUUUCUGUGCUGGGCUGGGGGGUCAGGGGCUCUGCUUACGCCAACACCUUCUCCCAGUUUGCCCAGACCGCCUUCCUCUUCCUCCACAUCGUCCUGAAGAAGCUGCACCGGGAGACGUGGGCAGGCUGGUCCAGCCAGUGCCUGCAGGACUGGGGCCCUUUCUUCUCGCUGGCUGUGCCCAGCAUGCUCAUGACCUGCAUCGAGUGGUGGGCCUACGAGAUCGGCAGCUUCCUCAUGGGCCUGCUCAGCGUGCUGGACCUCUCUGCCCAGGCUGUCAUCUAUGAAGUGGCCACUGUCACCUACAUGAUUCCUAUGGGCCUCGGCAUCGCCGUCUGCGUCCGAGUGGGGACGGCCCUGGGAGCCGCAGAUACGGUGCAAGCCAAGCGGUCAGCUGUCUCGGGCCUCCUCUGCGUAGUCGGCACCACACUGCUCGUGGGGACCCUGCUGAGCGCCCUGAGAGGGCAGCUGGGGCACAUCUUCACCAGUGACGAAGACGUCGUCGCCCUGGUGAACAAGGUCUUGCCGCUCUACGUCGUCUUCCACCUGUUUGAGGCCGUCUGUUGUGUCUACGGCGGGGUCCUGCGGGGAACAGGCAGGCAGGCCUUCGGGGCCAUCGUGAACGCUGUCAUGUACUACGUUAUCGGCCUCCCGCUGGGCAUCGUGCUGACCUUCGUGGCCGAGAUGGGAAUCACCGGCCUCUGGCUGGGCAUGCUGGCCUCUGUCCUCCUGGCCGCGGCUGCCUUCGUCACCUACGCCGCCCGGAUGGACUGGAAGCAGGCUGCAGAGGAGGCUCAGAAGCACGUGGGGCUGCCCCCGCCUAGUGCCGAGAGCACGGCCCCUGGGCCUGGGCCCGAGAAAGCUGUCGCGUCUUCAGUGGCUUCGGGCAGCUGCCUGGGUGUGACCCUGACGACAUACUCCAGGCCCGGGUGCCAGCUGGACCUCUUCAGGACUCCGGAAGCCGCCCAGGCCCUUGCAGCCCCUGCCAGCAGGCUGCCAGCCAAACAGCUGGCCCUGCGCCGGGGGGCUGCUCUGGGGGCAGCGCUGGCCACACUGAUUGUGGGGCUGCUCGUCAGGGCCCUGACCGCCAGGCCCUAGCAAACAGCUCCAGAUGAAAGGAAGGAGGGCGGCCGCCCCCACCCAACACCCCCGGGCCCUGACACAGGGGCUGGGGGCAGGCGGGCCCUCGGACCCCUCCGCAGGAGCAGACCUCUGCCGGCGCCUGUGUGGCACGUGCACUGAGGCCCGCAGACCUGCCCUCCUCCUCUGGCUUGGACUGCCCGCAGGACAUCAGCAUGGGCACCAGACACUCCUGGGGUCCUAGUGUUACUCACUAACGUAAAUGGCUUCAAAUCAAAAUUGCAAACGCCACUGUUACAUUAAAAAUACGUAUUUCCAGGCA